AUGGCUAUCGCCCACGUCGCUACAGAGUAUGUGUUCAGUGAUUUCCUCCUGAAGGAGCCGGGUCAGGGAAGGUACCCCGCCGUGCGCACUGAACUAGCCGUGGACAAGAUGGUGACGUGCGUAGCGGUGGGACUCCCUCUCCUCCUCAUCUCUCUAGCCUUCGCCCAGGAGGUCUCUGUGGGUGUUCAGAUCAGCUGUUUCCCUCCAGCUAACUUUUCCAGGUGCCAGGCCAUAUACGUGGACUCCUACUGCUGGGCAGCCCUACACACUCGAACACUACAGUUAUGGCAACACAAGUUCUUCCCCUAUAUCCUGCUGUUGGUAGCAGUAAUUAUGUAUAGUCCAGCAGUUUUCUGGGGUUUCUCUGCCUCGCCUCUGCUUCAGUCAGACCUCAGCUUCAUCAUAGAAGAGCUCGACCGCUGCUACAACCGUGCUGUCACUCUGGCUAAACGCUUGGCCACUGCUGGGGAACACACAGACAGUGGUGCGUCUGACCCUACUGAGGGGUGUUUCAUGUACCCGGUGGUGGCGCAGUAUCUGCUGACCAAGAGGAGCAGUGUUGUGUUGUUGUGGCGCUACCUGCUGUGUCGAGGCCUCAACCUGCUCACCUUGCUUUUGGCCUGUGUCUACCUGGGCUACUACCUCUGCCUCGCAUCCCUCACUGACCAGUUCGGCUGUUCCCUACGCACCGGACUCCUGGCCAAUGACACCUCGAUCCCCGACCAAUUACAGUGCAAGCUGGUCGCCGUGGGCGUUUUCACUUUGCUAAGCUUUGUUAACCUGCUGGUGUAUGCCAUGCUGGUUCCCGUGGUGAUAUACUCCACUCUGCGCCCUUUCUUCCAAUCACACACCCAUUUCCUGGAGUCCUACCAAUCACUGCCUACCACCAGUGUUCUGCCGCUACCCCAGGGGCAAUGGGAUGACCUGACACUCUACUUCCUUUUCCUGGAAGAAAACCUCAGCGAGCUCAAGUCCUACAAGUACUUGAAGGUGUUGGAGUUGCUAAGAAGGAGGGGGGUAUGUGAGGGUGAGGACUUUGAUGCCAUGGGACUGCUUCAGAUGCUGUGUCUGGUGAAGACUGAUGUCACAGACGGAAAGAGGAGCAACACAGCUCCCUCCAAUGCUAGUGACAAUAUCUCCAAUGAUAAUGCUGGCCUUAAUGCUGAAGCUAAUGACAACCCUAUUGCUAAAGCUAGCCAUAUUGCUAAUGCUAACCCUGCCGCUGGGGAGGCCAGCAGCAAGGCCCAAGUCCCUAGUCCAGCAGCAAGGCCUAAGUCCCCAGUCCAGCUUCUCCAGACCCAGGCUGAUGCCAGACCAGUGCCACUGAGAUGACAGGCAACAGUGGAAUGGAAGGCGGAGUGACGAAGGGGCGGUCCGACAGCGAAUGAGCUGAUCGUUGCCAUGAAGGAACAGCCCCAGUGGGUUGAGGGACACAAGGAACCAGAGUGGUUCAAAGACCCAGACACUCAACAAGCCAUUAUCUAAACAACUCAGACUAAGGAUUAGAAGAGAUGUCUUGAUGUCAAUGGGACACUUAACUAACGCCAAUGGUACUAGCCAACAAUGCCAUGAAGUCGCUUUGAUGUGAUCGGGGAUUUGAAUUGGACACGCAGUUUCUGUGUAUUUUCCUAUAUGUAAAGCCAUACUGCCCAAGGUGUAUUUGUGUGGUGGUGGCAGCAUACUGUAUGCAGAAGGGUCUAACUAUGGUACCGCUGAGGAUUUCCUACACAGGACAACUUGAUACAGCUGUUGAUAACAAAAAAAAGCCAGAAUAUUAUCAAUGUAUUAUGUAAUUACAUGAAGAAAUAAGGGGAGAUCGUAGCUAUAUUCAAUACAAUUCACAAGUUGAUAUAAAACCUACAGUUGAAGUCAAAGUUUUGGAGGGAGGGGUUCUACAAUGAACAUAAAUAUGAAUGCAACAUGUGAAGUAUUGGUCUCAUGUUCCAUGAGCUGAUAUAAAAGAUCCCAUAAAUGUUCCAUACGCACAAAAAGCUUAUUUCUCACAAAUUUGUUUACCUCCCUUUUAGUGAGCAUUUCUCCUUCGCCAAGAUAGUCCAUCGACCUGACAGGUGUGGCAAAUCGAGAAGCUGAUUAAACGGCAUGAUCAUUACACAGGUGCACCUUGUGCUGGGGACAAAAGGAUACUAUAAAAUGUGAAGUUUUGUCACACAACACAAUGCCACAGAUGUUUUGAGAGAGUGUGCAAUUGUCACGCUGACUGCAAGAAUGUCCAGCAGAGCUGCUGCCAGGGAAUUUAAUGUUAAUUUCUCUCCCAUAAGCCAUCUCCAACAUUGUUUUAUAGAAUUUGGCAGUACGUUUAACCGGCCUCGCAACCGCAGACCACGUGUAACCAUGCCAGCCCAAGACCUCCACAUCCGGCUUCUUCAGAGGAGUUUACAUGUCUAAUAAAGCCCUUUUGUGUGGAAACAACUCUGAUUGGCUGCGCCUGACCCAUGGCUGCACCCCAGCCCAGUCAUGUGAAGUCCAUAGAUUAGGGCCUAAUCAAUUUCAAUUUACUAAUUUCCUUAUUAGAACUGUAACACAGUAAAAUCUUUGAAAUUGUUGUGUUUAUAUUUUUGUUCAGUACAUUUUAAGCCCUAUAUGUACAAUUGGAGGUCCUUGAAAAUUACAAUUUAUUGCUUGAAAAAGUCCCUGAAAGUCCUUGAAUUUGACUUGCCAAUGUCUUUAUGAACCCUGCUUAAAGGAUUAUAGUCCAAUGCUGUUGUAUAGGUGGAGUUAUGGGCCAAUUUGCAUAUAUUCACUUUUAUUACUCUAAAUACAUGUGAAACUGCUUGAAAAUAAUUUUUAGUUUAGUUUCAAACCAUUUUGAUAUCUUGAUCCAAAUGUCACACAUUGGCCCCAUUAUUUAUAUAAAGAACUUAUUUUUACAUGUGGCGUAUGCGGUGUGGAGAAGUCCUUUUUAGUCUAGAAAUAGUCUUUCUGGGCCCAGAAGCCAGAUUGUGAUGCAUAUGUUAAUGUGGAUAAACACAAUUAAA